AUGUGCCAAAGAUGGUAUCAUUCGUCGAUAAUGAAGAACGAUAUCCUGUAUAUCUACGGGGGUUAUGAAACAUUCGUUGAAUCUAACAAGCAUGGUGCUAGAACCGGUAAUGUCACUAUGGGUACAAACAACUAUAUGAUCAGUGUUGGGAUGAACGAGUCCUGGAAUUGGACAAUGGCCUCCGCAAGUCUGCCACUGGUAUCAGAACAGGUUUUUGUUCCAGAUUCCGAAUCGUCAAAUGCCUUCUCGUCCGUAGUGCUUAAAGGCGCUCUUUUUUCAGGAUCUCCUGGUGGAAAUCAGAUAUAUCUAUAUGGUGGAACUGAGCAAAGCAUGAAUACUAGCUUUUAUGGAUAUCCGGAUCCCACAUCACCAAACCAAACACUUUUAUCAUACGAUGUAACGCAGAAUCAGUGGGAUUCGAUUAAUGUAGAUUCUACGAUACCCGAAAAGCCCAGCUCCGGAUCAAGUGCUGAUGUGCCGGAUCAAGGUCUCGGGUUUUACUUUAAUGGCGAGAUAAAUCCUGGAUCAAGCACAGAAACUACCUCGAUCCCCGAAGGAAGCUCGGUGCCACUAGAGGGUAUGGUUAUGCUAAACAUGACCGACAAUACGACGAGAAAUAUCUCUACUUCUGCCAUCGAUACAAAUUCCAGAACAGGAGGUAUUUUACAGUAUAUCCCUGGAAUAGGAGAAAAUGGCAAAGGUAUACUAAUACAAUUUGGUGGCAUGUAUCGUCAGGCAGGUAAUUUAUCAAAUGAACUCGGCACACUGGCUCCAAUGGAUCAAAUCAACAUAUUUGAUAUCAACAGUGUGUAUGACGGGAAAAAUGGGACCUGGUACACUCAGCAGGCAUCGGGAAAUUUACCCCCAAGAAGAAUAGAUUCGUGCACUGUCGUCGCCGCUGCUCCUGACAAUUCGAGUUACAAUAUAUAUCUUUAUGGUGGACAAGAUGGAGAUUCAGUAUCCUAUGACGAUGUAUUUGUGCUCUCAUUACCUUCGUUCAAAUGGAUCCAGGUCUAUGAGGCUGUGCCAGGAAGCCCUCGUUUUGGGCACACAUGCCAUCUAGUCGGAAAUCGACAGAUGCUAACGGUUGGUGGCGCCCAAAAGAAGUAUUCUUCCUAUUGUGAUUGGGAGAGUUCAGGGGUGGCUAUAUACGACAUGUAUGCGCUAUCAUGGACCUCGGCGUUCCAUCACGACGCUAAUAGUUAUAUUGUCCCUGGUAACAUUACUGAUGCCAUUGGUGGAAAUGGCUUUGCACAGAUUACACGACCUUCGAAGGAUUUUACAAAUGCGGAUGUCGCCUCGCUCUUCAAUCAAACUUUACUGGGUACAGGUACUGAUAACUCUAGCAAUGCAAAUACUACGGGCGGUAUCACAUCCAACUCAACUGCUUUAGUCUCCUCACCGACUAAUAAUAUACACCAUGGUGCAAGCACCGGCGUGAUAGCCGGAGCUACCAUCGGAGCGGUGGCUGCUGUUCUAAUACUUUCCUAUUUGCUAUGGAUAUGGCGCAGAUCAUUCAUGGCAGCUGGCACCAAAGAUCAAGGAGAAGCAAGGGCUGAAUCACGCCAAUCUUUAAUUUUGGAGGAUGCGAAAGCUGCUGAUUGGGUUCGAGCAAAUGUAAUGAGUAUAGCGUACGACUCUAGCAAUCCUUGUCACGUACCAGGUAUAGAAGGACGAACAGAACAAGUUCAUGGAAAAGUCGAGUCUUGA